AUCGUCCGUUAACUGCUUCUCGGAACCCAAGCUGUUUCUCUCCGACUAGAAGAUCUCGCGACGUUUUUCGCCGAACUCAUCUCUUCGGAUCCCCUCUAAUCCCUUCUUCUGAUCGCAUUCCUAGAUCCACUGAAUCGUUUUGGAUUCAUUGGCGAAUACCAUCUACUGUUUUUCUUGUUCCGGCGACGCACGCUUGCCAUCAUCGCUAAUCGUCAUCUAUCAUCAUCUCCGGAGGGGAAUCCACCGAUUGCCACUCCUGAAUUGUGCUGAUCGUCUGCCGUCUCUUCAUCGCUGUUGGAUUUCCCUUAUAUAUUUUUUUGGUUACAGAUCGGAGGUCAAGAAAGUGUUCCAUGACACAAUGCAAUGAUCUUUAGAGUCUAAGAUGUCAAGUGAAGCAAUUAUACCAAAGGAAAAAAGUUUAAUAUUGGUUGCUGGCACUGGUUGCUUCAAGGUUGGAUGUUGUUGGUUUGGAUAUUACUGAUCAAGUAAUUCAACUACGAAGUUCACAGUUCUUUUCUGAAUCAAAUUUACUUUGGACAAAGAAAAAUGUGGACGAUGGCAUGAACUGAGUCAGUCUGAUAUGGAUCAGCUGUGCGAAUCAGUUCGAAAGUGGAUGAAGGCAGAUUCAUGGUGUUGGACUUUAGGAUUGAUAUAUAUUUUUGCAGUGGCCACAAUAUGGAUUGCUGCAAGCUAUAUAGUACAAUCUGUUGUUGACUCUGGUGUUUCUCCUUUCUUGGUCACUUAUAUCUGCAACUCAUUAUUUGUAAUUUACAUCCCUAUUGUCGAAAUUGGUCGGUAUUUUGAGAAUUCAAGUGAAAAAUUUAAAUCAUGGUUCACAUUCAAGAGUAAUCCUGAUCUUCAGCAAUCUAAUGAUCUGGAGAAUGUAAAUCUUCUACAAGAUGGUGAUCAUAAGGUUCAUCCUCAUGUGGUCAGUCAUGUCAUGGUGGAAAAUACAUCAGAAAUUACUGUCAGCGUUCAAGAUCCAGAUAGCAUACUGUAUAACCGUAAUGGAUCAGUCUUUGAGCAAGGGCCAAUUGUUCUCAUUGAUGAUCACAGUAAACAAGUGGAUUCAAAGGGACGUUGGACUCGUACUCGCAUUGCUAUAGUCAGCUUGUUGAUUUGCCCCUUUUGGUUCUUUGCUCAACUAACCUUCAAUCUCUCACUCAAGUACACUACUGUCACAUCAAAUACUAUUUUAAGCAGCACAUCGAGCCUUUUCACCUUCUUGGUUGCCUUAGCUUUCCUAGGAGAAACAUUCACAUGGCUGAAGCUAACAGGUGUUCUGCUUUGCAUGGGAGGAACUAUAAUGGUGAGUCUAGCUGAUUCGAAGAAUGGAAUCAAUGUGGUUGCAUCAAAUCCUCUCUUUGGAGACAUUUUGGCUCUCUUUUCAGCUGCUCUAUAUUCUAUUUAUAUCACACUUAUUCGUAAAAAGUUGCCGGAUGAGGAAAAAGGAGAAGGUCAAGUUAGCACCGCACAGUUUCUUGGAUUCAUUGGUCUAUUUAAUCUUAUCAUAUUUCUGCCUGUUGCUUUAUUUUUAUAUCUCACACGAUUGGAGCAAUUUAACAAGCUUAACUGGCAACAAUUUGGUCUUAUUGUUGGAAAAGGUUUAAUGGAUAAUGUGCUCAGUGAUUACCUCUGGGUGAAGGCUAUGCAAUUAACCACAACCACUGUCGCCACUGCUGGUCUCUCAGUUCAAGUCCCAAUGGCUGUAGUCGUGGAUACUCUCAUUGGCAAAGCGCCUAACCUAUUGGAGUGCUUCGGAGCUGUUGCCAUUAUGAUAGGGUUUGUAGGGAUCAACAUCCCAUCCAAUGAUUCACCCAGCACUCCAAUCACCCAACAAGAAAGCAUGGUUUUAGGCAAUGCCCAUCUUGAGUUGGAACCGAAUGGAGGCACUGUCGAUACUGAAUGAUGCCACAGCAUUGUCACUUCCUUAUAUGUUCUUAUUUCAUGAUCGUCAAUCAACAAAUAUGUCAUUUUUUUUUAUCAUUUUUAGGCCUUAUAUCUAUUCCUAUGGAGCUGAACAGGCAGCCAACAACAUCAAAGACCAUCCGAGAAUAUCAAUUCAAGCAAUCAUCGGUUCAUUGCUAAAUUGGACAAAAACGGAAGAAAGCACCUGACGUUGGUAGAAAAAUAGAGGAACUCUACGAAUUCUUUUUCAUUUCCACAAUAUGUUGUAAUUGGAUAUCCAUUUAUUUGAUAUAAAUUUGCUCAUUGAGGUAAUGGGCAGAAAUGUACAGUCAAUGUCAUGACUCAAAUUACUUCCAACCGGAACAUUUGAGGAGAAA